UUUACUUGUUUUGUUUGCGUUUGGCGGAGGUAAUUCCAAGCAUUUAUAAAAAGUUUGCUGUUGAAUUGGGCAAAAUUUGGUAUACGAAAAAUGUCAAAAAAGAAAAGCGAUGUAUGGCUUCACUUUUCAGCCGAGAAAGAGGUUAAAGUUAAGUGCCUCUUGUGCGCCCAGGUGCUCUCCGUGGGGAAUAAGUCGACCUUCAGUCUAUUGCGACAUUUAAGCACCAAACAUCCAACGCAAACCAUAAGGAGGCAAGAUCCCGCAGCAAUAGUUAGCGACAACAACAACAAUUGCGUUAGUACAGAAGAAACUGCAGAGGCGGCCAUGCCAGCUUCGUGUGUUCAACCACGUCCAUCCAUAGCGCAGUAUUUUAGCAAACCAAUUUCCGCUAAAAAGAAGCAUGAAAUCGAUCACCAAUUGGUCACGAUGAUUGUGAGGGAAUACCACCCAUUUUCGGUUGUGGAGGAUGCAGAGUUCAAAAAAUUGGUAUUCAUGCUGAAUCCAUCGUACAAACUUCCAACGCGGAAAACAAUAUCCUCAACAUUAGUUCCAGCAACUUACAGUGAAACCGUCGAAAUAGUAAAACAGCGUUUGGGUAGAGCAUAUGCAGUGUGUUUGACGGUAGAUGGGUGGACAUCUCGUGCGCAAGAUAGCUUUAUUAGCGUUACUGCACACUAUAUAGUUGAAGAUAACAAGUGCUCUUUUCUGGCUUCCGAUUUGUUAAGCUGCGUUUCGUAUACAGAGCGGCAUACUAGUGACAACAUAACAAAGAAACUGACGGAGAUUUUGCAAGAAUGGGAUUUAGGCCAUAAAAUCACAGUAAUUGCUACAGAUAACGCGGCAAAUAUGAAGGCGUCGCUUAAUGCCACGGCAAAAGGAAUGGAACUGCCCGUUUGCAAAUUAAUCAACGACGUUCCAACCCGUUGGAAUUCAACCUACGAGAUGCUGAAGCGUAUUUUGCUAAUCAAAGAUGCCGUGAUCUCUACUGUAGCUGUUGUUAAGUCGUCUGCAUUGGUGAGAGAUGAAGGACUGUGUAGUAUAGAUUUAUUAAGUAAUGAAGAAUGGUUAGUUGCGCAACAAACCAUGGAUGUUAUGGAGAUGUUCGAAAUUGUGACUACUACAAUUAGCGGAGAAAAGUAUGUUAGCGCUUCGACAGUAAUUUUAUAUGUUAAACAAUUAGAUAAACACUUAAGGACUUUAAACACCAACGAACUUACACCAUUUGCACAAAAAUUAGUGAAAAAACUACUAAAUGAAUUAAGUUUUCGAUUCAGAGACUUGGAACAAAAUGAGCUCAUAGCUCAAGCGACGAUCCUUGACCCGCGUUUUAAAAAAUUUGGAUUUAUAAGCGAGCUUAGUUAUAAUACAGUUGUGAAAAGACUAUAUUCUAAAGUAGGAAAUACCACUAUCCAAAACAAAGAAAAUGAAGGAGAUUUAAGUGCAGGCAUUGAAGACCGUGCUCAGAAUAGCUCGUCGGAAAGUCACCGGGAAGGUUUACUGUGGAAGGAUUUCGAUGCUGAGGUUCACAUGUAUACGCGUCCACAAGACCAAUUAGCUUCUGCUAUAGUAGAACUUGACAAAUAUUUGGCUGAGCCUAUUUUGCCAAGGAAAAACGCGCAGGGAAAGAAUAACGACCCUUUGUUCUGGUGGAGCCAAAGGAAGCAUAUUUAUUUAUCCAAGGCUAUAUCGCAUAAUGAAAUCGCGGUUAUGCAUUUCAGCCACUUCAGUACCAUGUGA